AUGGCCGACGCGCUGUUCGACAGCAACCACCUGGUCAACCUCUUCAAGGACAAGUUGGACAUCACCCUCGGCAUCGACGAACAGCAGACCGUCUACUUCGAGUACUUGCAGGACGAGAAUACCACUCCAGACGGACGCCGAGGUUUGAUGAGCCACAUCCUGGACAGCUUCGUCGUCAACCAGCGCCGGAAGGACAAGGUGGAGCUGACCUGGUCCAAGAUGAACGCCACCGAGCGUGAGGAGUUCGAGGCAGCCAUCGCCAAGGAGACGAACAACUGGAUCCAGCAUCAGGGACUCCGCGCUGUCCCGAUAUCUCGGGUCAAGGACGCGGCGGACGUCAUCCGGGCAAGGUGGCUCUUCACCCGCAAGUCCGAUGGGAAGGCGAAGGCCCGGCUCGUCCUCCUCGGCUACCAGACGAAGGACCUAGGACAGGAGCCGACAGCCAGCCCCACCGCGUCUCGGCGCGCCCGUCACGUGAUGCUAACAGUGGCCGCCGCGAACCGCUGGAAGCUCAUCAAGGGCGACGACCUCUUCAUCGAGCCAGACGCCGUCCUCAGAAAGGCCUUCCACGUGCAGGAAGGGGAAAUCCUCCAGGUCGUGAAACCUGGAUAUGGGAUCGGCGAGGCGCCCCGGCACUGGUGGGAGACGGUCAAGCACGACUUUGCGAAACUUCGACUCCAAGCCUGCGAGUUGGAGCCCUGCCUCUGGAAAGCACGAUGUUCCAGGACGGGUAUGCUCAUUGGUAUGAUCAUGGCCCACGUCGACGACUUCAUCAUGGCAGGAGAUACCUCCCACCCUGAGUGGCAGGACAUGGUCAAGCAGAUCCGAGGGCUCUACAAGUGGGGCACCUGGGAGGACAUGAAUGACGGGCUCACCUCUCUCGAACAGUGCGGCGUCACCAUCGAAGGGAGCGAACAGGGCUUCUUCCUCCACCAGAAGUCGUACAUCGACAAGAUCAAGGAGGUCAAGGCGGCCAGCGGCAGUAAGCAUCGGACCACCGACAGCCUCAAGGACUCUGACAAGACGGUGCUCAGGGCGUUCUGCGGCGAGAUCUACUGGCUUGGCGUGAAUACCAUGCCAUUUCUCUUAUCGUGGGUAGCCGAUCUCCAGAUGAAGAUACCAGCAGGUACUCACAACCUCUUCACGGCCGCUAACAACAUCGUCAAGCUCGUCAAGCAGAGCCGCCACAUGGGGAUCAGGAUCUACCGGCACGCCCUGGACGACCUCGCCAUCUUCACCUGGUGCGACGCAGCCUGGGCCAGCCGCCCGGAUGGACACUCCCAGGGUGGUCAUAUCACCGCUAUCUCCUCCAAGGCGGCCAUGGACGGGAAGCUCUCCGAGUUCACGGUCCUCGACUGGGGCUCCAAGAAGCUGCGCCGCGUGGCUCGGUCAAGCCUGGCGGCGGAGGUGCAGGAAGCCGGCGACGCCGAAGGCGAGCAGAGCAUGAAGCAGCAGUGGCGCCUCAUAUACGACGAGCAGUUCAUGAGCGCUCGCAAGCGGGCAGCUCUUGGCAAGGGCAUCUUCGACGAGACGGACCCGACCGACCCGGCCUCAGCUCGUCAGGUACUCGAGGAGCGUAGGUUGGCCCGCCAGGCACAACCACCAGCCAGCAUGGAAGGGGACCCUUCCGGCUCGACGACCUCUACUGGGUUCUCGGCCUCCGAAUCCCUGAUCAUGAUCCAGAAGUUGCAGCAGGAGAUCGAGACUCAUCAGAAGUUC